AUGCAGAUUCUCGAUCUGCCGAAUGGACUUCGUUCAGAGAUGUUCACAAGUAAAGGGUUCGGUUUUCGAAGUGAACAGCAGCUUGACGUCACGGAAAUAUUCAGCGGUCAGUUCAUGUGCAAGGAAGAGGUAUCCACACUGCCAUCGCGCUGCUCAGAAACCGAUACGGUCCCUCAGUUGUUGGCAACGGCCCCUGUGUCCACCGCCGCCGUUUCCAGAUCCGUGGACGACGACUUGGUGCGGGUGCCGCCGUUCAUCGAGGCGAUGGCCCUUAGCCAAUACAGCACUGAUGCCAUUCUUCCUACCAGCGGCAGCAGCAGUCGCGCUGACUCGUCGCCCAGUGCCCAGUGCAACGGCUCGCUGUCCGACGAUCAAAAUUCGACGCCGAACUGCGCCGUGUCCGAUGCCAAAAACGAUUCCUCGCAGGUACCACCGUCGCAGGACAACAAGACCAGCACCGACCUCGGUGGAAGCGAUGCAGCGCCACCACCGGAAAACAGUGAAGAGGUGUUCCUCAUCCAGGAUAGCGGAUUCUCGGUGAAGAUACACGCCCCUGGAUGCGAGCCUUUCGAACUGCAGGUGAGCAGCAUGGAGCUGGUUCAAGAGAUUCACCAAAUUUUGAUGGACCACGAGGAAACGUGUCAUCGCACGUGUUUUUCGCUGCAACUGGACGGCCAGAUUUUGGAUAGCUUCGCCGAGCUCAAAGCGAUCCCCGGCCUGAAAGACGGUGCCACGCUCAAAGUUGUCGAAGAACCGUACACUGUCAGAGAAGCACGCAUUCAUCUACGGCACGUUCGAGACCUGUUAAAGUCGCUCGAUCCUUCGGACGCGUACAACAGUUCUGAAUGCGCAUCUCUCAGCUACGUAAAUACGAUAACAAACGGUAGCAUCUCAGAGCGCACCGGUUCCAAUCUGGAGUCAUCGGUGGACUGCACUCCGCCAGACUACAUAAUGCCCGGUUGCAAGGAGCGUCUGAUUUCUCCACUGAUGCCC